AUGAUCCAUAGUCUUUUUAUCAUUAAUGGAGCUGGGGAUGUGUUUAUGGAGAAGCAUUGGAAAACAGUGGUCGGAAAAUCAAUCUGCGACUAUUUUUUUGAAGCACAAUCUAAGUGUGCUAAUUCUGAAGAUGUUCCACCAGUGAUUGCUACACCACAUCAUUAUUUAGUGAACAUAUUUCGUAAUAAUCUUUAUUUCGUCGCUGUACUCACCAAUGAAGUUGCGCCAUUGUUCGUCAUUGAAUUUCUUCAUCGAAUAAUGGACGUAUUCGAGUACUAUUUCGGAGAAUGCACAGAAACAUCAUUAAAAGAUAACUAUGUCGUAGUUUAUGAAUUACUGGAUGAAAUGCUGGAUUCAGGAUUGCCAUUGGCAACUGAAACGAAUAUUUUGGAAGAGUUGAUCAAACGACCAAAUAUUAUUCUCAAGAUGACAAAACUUAUUACUGGAGAUGAUACAAAUGUGGCUAUCUCGGGAGAGGGUGCGAAAAAUCUAUCUCGUGGAAUGGAAUCAGGUAUAACAUGGCGUACAGGAAGAAUUGUACAUCGUUCAACAAAUGAAAUUUUAAUUGAUAUUAUCGAAACGCUCGAUGCAAUUAUUGACCAACGAGGAACGAUCAUUAGUGCUGAGGUCAACGGAGUGAUUGAUUGCUGUAUCAAGCUUAGUGGAAAUCCAGAUUUGACCUUGUCGUUUGUCAAUCCUCGGCUACUAGAUGAUGUCAGUUUUCAUCCAUGUGUACGAUUGAAAAAAUGGGAGAGCGAACGUGUUUUGUCAUUUAUUCCACCGGAUGGAAACUUUCGUUUAAUUUCCUAUCAUAUUGGUUCACAAAAUGCAAUAUCAAUUCCCAUCUAUGUUAAACACAACAUUCAAUUUCGCGAAGGUAGCAGUGGUCGAUUUGAACUAACUGUUGGUCCUAAACAAACAAUGGGUAAAACUCUUGAAGCCGUAGUCAUUGAAUGUUCAAUGCCAAAGAGCGUACUCAAUUGUACUUUGACACCAACACAAGGUAAAUGUACAUUUGAUCCAGUGAAGAAGAUUCUUGUUUGGGAUAUUGGCAAAAUCGAAAGCAAAACACAAGCUGCAGCUCGUUUACCAUCUUUACGUGGCAAUAUUGUGUUAAGUACUGGUCAACCGCUGCCAGAAUCCAAUCCCGUCUUGAAUGUUCGUUUUACAUUAAAUCAAAUCGCAAUAUCAGGCAUCCGUGUACAACGAGUAGAUAUGCACGGAGAAAAAUAUAAGCCAUUCAAAGGUGUUAAGUAUAUCACAACAGUCAAAAACGGUCGUUUUCAGAUUCAAACAAAACAAAACUUUUCAAUUCCUGAUUAA